CGUAUCCUGCUCAGUUUACACUUUGUGUAACCUGGAUACACACGUCAUCAAGAUAUCUUGACCGUCCGGAACUUCCAUAUCUACCUAUCCCCCGACGGGUUCAUUGCCCCGGAUAAGCUGGUUUGACACCUAUUUUACUGAGAAUAUCCAGCCCAAGACAGAAGCUUGAGGCAAGGAGUUCUGUAAUCUCCCUCGCAUCGAGGAUACCGACCAACCCCGACUUCACUCAUUGCACAUCGCCAUCAUGUGUCGGAUAGAGCAGCGCGAAGAGUUCACCCCUGAUGGGCGACCCCUGACAUCUUCCCGAGCCUGCCUGUGUGCGAAAGCACGUGGUGAUAAACCAUGCCGAGACGCAGUCAUCGUACCCAUUCGUUACAUUCCUAGAAGUGGCUCCAUGGGCCGUGACAACACACCGUCUCCGACGAAUCCACCAACUCCCACCACAUCAACAUACUUGGUCCAAACACGUCGUCCGUCUGGCAGUGGUAGCCGUCCUUCUACUCGGGAUGGUCAACGACCCAUCAGCAACGAGAUCAUCAUAGAGUUUGGCACAAAGAAAGACAGAGGCAAGAAAUACCCAUUGCUUUCGGUCUCCACUAAGCCUUACGAUCGGUCCUCAUUGGGUUCUAUUGGGUCUCAUGAUAUCGCUGUGGAUUCGGUCGGCUCUGAUGCCUCAUACACUUACCGAACUGGCCUCCCGGAAGCCCCUUUGCCCCCACCGGCAACAUUUGAUCAUCACAGCAGCUAUCUUACAACACCUACUGCACCGUACGGACAAAGAUCUCGUCACAUUCCGUCAGCGUCUUCCAGUCAGACGCCUUCGCUAUACGUCGCGUCGGACGCAGAGUAUGACCCACCGGCUAGGCAGCGAAGUACAAAGCGCUCUUCCACGGUGAUCCACAAUCCACCCACUGUUAUCCCGUCCUCGCCACCUCAGCGUCAGGGUGGUAUGUCAUCUGGGUCAUAUCGGACGACCAAAGUUGCUCCACGAGAGACGUACACAUCAGACCACCCACAUCCACUCGACUACGACGCCUUUGCUGAUCACUCGAACUCGUCUUACACUAGCUCGGGCGCACCUGAAGGCGCUCGUCGCGCCAAGACUGGCGACGAGCGACAAAAGCAGUCCAAGUCAAGUCGGCAUCAAGAAGAGUCUGACCGACGGCUGGCUGAUGAGCGUGACAAAGCAGAUACUGCCAGACGCGUACAUUUCGAACCAGCCCGUGCAGACAACCGCGCGAAAGAGAGGGCAGAGACGCUCUUCGCUGAAAAGGAGAAAGACCGAGCGUUGGCUAGGGAAGAAUCUCGUCGUGUAAAGGAAGAAGAACGCCUAAGACAAGAGAGGAGGGACCUAGAAGCGAAGAAAGCCCAAGAUCGUAAGAAGGAGAAGUCAAGCCCUCCAACAAUCGACUAUACGAAGAAGCGGCCCGGCGCGACACGCAGACUGUCCUCCUCUAUGACGUCAGCUCAGCUAGAGCAACAGCGCUUGAUCAAAGCUGAGGAACAACAAAUGCGGAGUGAAAGGCAGAUUGCAGAGGCCAGGGAGCGAGAGGAAGAGCUGGCAGCUCGUAAAGGCCAACAGGAGAAGCCGUCUGCGUACUGGGACCCGCGUGGCGGUGAUCGUUCCCUAUCCACACGCCGAGAUUCGAUGGCUCGCCACGACAGCCUCACCUCUAACACGCGUCCCGUUGGAUUGACUCGCACUCCCAGCAAGCGCCGCACAAGUAUCUCGCAGCCGGACCCUCCAGUACUCGAUGCUCAGGUGCCUGCAGAGUCUUACAGGCCUUCCAGCUCAAGGAAACGCGCGCCUCCGCCGUUAUCUUUCCCGGCAAACUUCAACCAAGAUCACGCCCGGCUGCCUUCUGCCAGACGUCCAUCCUUGAGUCAGGACAACCCGUUCGCAGCAGCAUCUUCCAUGAUGUCGCCAUCAUCAGCAUCGCAAGACCCAUGGGAUUUGCGCAACGUCGGGAGUGCACUUCCAUCUGCCCGACCUCUAGGUGAUGGUCGUUAUCCUACCAUGCCGUCCCGUGGCUAUGUCGAUGCCUUUGCAACAGACUCUGAAAGCCCGGAUGAUCAUCCGCCUGUAUACGCAUCGCGCACGGGUCUGAGCCGCAAAGGAUCGAAGAGGAAGCACUGAGCUUUAUGUUACUUUGUACGCCUCGGGUCAUGCGUUUGAUACUGUUUAUUGCUUUUUCUCCCUGUUGUUGGAGUUCAGUAUGCGUCCGCUUUUGUUAUGAUACCCUUCCACCAGCAUUGAUAUAUACGGCACUCGCUCUUGUACCUUGGAUAGACAUAUACCCUUGUUUCACUGCGCAUGUAUCGUAUUCAUUAGAAAUGACAAAUUUAUGCCAUACCACGAAAACA